AUGACAAAGACAGGCCAUCAAACUCGCAGCCGUUUUGCAGGCGUGCCGUUGUGGUGGCGCCUUGGCUUUGCUUUCUAUGCACUGCUGCUUGUGGUGGCACUCACCUUGUGUAUCACGGCGUUGGCCGAGUCGACCUGGCUGGAGUCACCCGUGGCCCCAAUCAUACAUCUGCCUACGGGUGAGGGCUGGACCAGGCUGGGACUCGUUCGCUACUGCGCCCACAACCUGUCCAUUAGCAUCGGCGACGGCGAUUGUCAAACAUAUGACAAUGACCAUGUCAUGGGCUCCAACUGGAUCGCAGCCGCUGUCCUUUUGGCCCUGACCACCAUGACUCUUUUUGCCGCGUUUGCCCUCGCUCUGCUGUAUGUGAGCCAGCACGGGGGCCUUCGAUGGUGGAUCUCACCAUUAGUGGCCGUGCUGGCCCUGCUGCUUCUCUUGGCCGCUAUCCUCUCUUUCGCCUCGGGCCUUGACCGCUUGUCAUCUGACUUGGGUCGCUUUGACGAGCCCUACUGCCCCAAUGCCGCACAAUUUGACAAAGGAGACUGCGACUGGGGGCCCGGCUUUGGAAUGGUCAUGGCCGCCCUUGUUGUUUUGGUGCUUGCCGUGGCCAUGGGUCUGCUCGCAGCUUGGCGGGCGCACCAUGCAUCGACCCGCUUGCAUCGAAGCCAAAUAGUGCGCCACUACGAUGAUCUGGAACACGUUCGGGCCUCAAAGACCCGCAGCGCUCGUCAGGACAAACUGACAGCAAGCAGCCUCGGUGGUAGCUCUCGAAGCAGUAGUCACAGCAGCAGCAGCGUUAGCGUUGUGAUCGAAACGAUUGGAAACCGUCGCCAACCCGUAUGUGACAUGUACCUCUCUGACAUCGAUGUGGAUCCGCUUUCGUGGCCGCCAUACUUUGCAUGUCCACCACUGCAGCUGUCUCAUAUCGUGCUUCUGAUUCGCAGGAUCCGAGCGACAGAUCCCCCUCCCACUGUCGCCCAGACAACACACAUGUGGUGGGACCAGUACCCCAGCCCAGGAAGCGUGGACAUGGUUCCAGUCGGUUCCGAACGAGUGCCGGUGGACAUUGGCAGCAUGGCUGCUACGAUGGACAAUGACCUUUACUCGAAGCUUCCCACGAUGACUGCCCCCACAGCCGACGACAAGAAGUCCCGACAGCCAGUGCCUCACCGGCAAGCAUCAUGGCAGGAUCAAACGCAGCAGCAAUCAACCGGCCUUCCCUCAACAUUCGCCACCGCUCGCGCUCCCCCUACGGACAUUGAGCCUGGUUCACACAGUGCGCCUCAAGCGCGUCGGGAGUCACUGCCUGCAUCCCUACAGCCCAGUGCUCAAACUGCCAAAGUCACUCGGGCCCGCAGUGAAGGGGCAUACGCCACCAUUGUUACUCCGGCCACUCUGCCACUUUCAAUGCGGCGUGAGAGCUCGCGUGGGAGCCAACUCUCCAGCUCACUCGAGGCUACGCCCAUGGCUGUAGCCUUGCCGGUUUCCCGCGACGUCAUGCAAGACAAGCGCUCACUUGCCCCAGUGCCAGAGCACAUUGACUAUGAGCCGCUGCGUUCUGGUCGUGUUUUGCCCCCGAGAUCGCGCGCACGCAUAUCCCUCACGCGAGUUGUUGUGACCAACAACCCAACUGUCUCCGAAAGACAUGCUAGCCCUGUCUUGGAAGCAGCAGGACAAGAGCGGAAUUUGUCCAGGGGUCACUAUGACGCGUCUCGUGGUCAAGGUCGACGUAGGGGCCUUUUACAUGAGCGGCGGUUUGAAGCUGACGCACAGAACCACCCCGGCCCUGGGCACAGCCCAACCCACAUGGCGUCGCGCCUUGGAUGA